ACAGUUGAGGGAAAACGCAAAAUUUGUUUUUAUUUCGGUAUUAUAUCUAUUGGUUGUGGCAUAUUAAUGCCUGUGUCUUUGGGCAGUUAAUGCAUUUGAUUACGAUUUAGUUGGAUGAUUAAAUUCAAGAUCGUGUAGGGCAUUUACAAUCAUGUUCUCAAGAUAUUGUGCUAAUUUGGCAAUUAUAUUUAUUUUAUUCUGUAAAGUUGGUGUAGGGACCGGCUUGAAAGGAGCCGUGUCUCUAGACUCAUGGACUUUUGACAAAGCAAUUUCUAAGUUUAAGGCAGCCUUGGUUAAAUUUGAUAUUACUUACCCAUAUGGAGAAAAAGAAGAUGAAUAUGGAAAAGUUGCUGAAUCUGCACGUUUUUCACCUGAUCUCCUGAUAGCAGAAGUUGGUGUACAAGAUUAUGGAGAGAAGGAGAAUUCAGAUAUAGCUGAACGUUUUGAUGUUCCAAAAGAUGAUUUUCCCGUGAUUAAACUUUUUGUGCAAGGUGAAAGUGAACCUGUUACAUAUACUGGAAGUUUUAAAGCAGAUGAAAUCAAAAAUUUUAUAAAACAGCAUUCCAAUGUCCGACUUGUGCUGGAUAAAUGUUUACCUCAGUUUGAUGAAUUAGCUGAAAAGUUCAUGGCAGCUGAUGCAAAAGAAGAAAGGGAAAAAAUUUUUGUUGAAGCAAAAGAUUUAUCACUUGGUUUAUCAGAUGAUGGAGAAAAAAAGUCUGCUGAUGUAUAUGUAAAAAUGAUGCAAAAGGUGAUUGAAAGAGGUGUAGGGUUCAUUGCUAGUGAAAAAGAAAGAAUUAAAAACAUAAAGGAAGGUAAGAUAACUACUGCAAAAAAGGAAGAAAUGCAAGGACGUUUAAAUAUUUUGCACUCUUUCAGAGUAAAAGAUGAACUUUAAAAUGAAAGAAAUUAGAUUUUAUAAAAUUUUUAAUUUUCAUAUAUGUUCUUUACAUUUUAUUAUCUGUACAUUAUACGUAUCAGUGUGGUAACGAUUGUGUAUGUUUAACAUUUUAUUUUUCAUUUUCAUCCAGAAAUUACUGAUUUAUAUUACUGUAUGUAAUUUUCAUAUGAAUUUUAAAAUGUAAUAGUCUGAUCUUGGGAGUACAUAAAUUAAAAUGAUCACUAAGAAACCUGCAGUGGAUAUUAUAUCAUAUUUUUAAAGUGGUAGUAUCAUGUACUAAGCUCAUAGUUUUUUAGGAGAACUGCGGUAUAAAGUUACCAGAUUAGCAGUAAAUGAUAUGCAUGUUAUUUUGAGACUUGCAGAAAUACUUUUCUUUCCAAUCAUUCCAAUCUAUGGUAUAUUCAGUAAACAUUAUAGUGAGUGACUUAUGCAGUUUUUAACUAGUAGGAAAAAUAUUAUUUAUAAUAAUGUAAACUUUAAUUUAUAAUAAACUUAAACUAAGCAAGGCCAAACAAUUUUGCUGACAAAGCAUUUCUUGUGUCAAAUGGACAAAACAUGGGUAUUUUUUAGCUUGCUUUUCUUCUCUCUUUAUCCUCCUGAAAAAAAUUUUCCAAUAAAAUACCUUGUAUAUUACGUGUCAUCCAGUUUGAAUGUUUAUUAUGUAAGGUAACAAUGUGAUUGUAUAUUUUGUUCCUUCAUUAUUAGUUUUUACUACUGCUGUUUUUUUAAAAAUAUUAACUCUUUCAAAAUAUUAGUUUCUGCACAAUUGUAUAUUUUGUAUUUUCUGCAUUUUAUGUUUAUUUAGUAUUUAACAUUUUAUUUUGCAAUCAUUUUUAUACAUAGGAUAAGUGUAGAUACGUGCUUGGUAUAAAAUGAAUAAAGUAUUAAGCUAGUCCCCCAAAA